AUGCAGCAGUUGGCAGCGGCGGUGGGAGGGUGCGCCCCCGCGGCGCAGGUGCGGGGCGGGUUCCGGGCGCGCGGGGCCGGGCGCGUGGCUCGGCGCGGGCUGCGCGCGCAGGCGAUCCCGAUGGUGUCGGAGUACCCGAAGGACGCGGGCGCGCAGGAGUGUCUGCGGACCUACCAGCGGGCGAUCAACGACGGCGACGCGGAGGCGCUGGCGGGCAUGGCCGCCGAGGGCGUCACGGGCGGCGACAUGUUCGGCGCGCUGCGGUUCUCGGGCGUCGACGAGCUGCGGGAACAGUACGGCAGGCUGCUCGGCAGCGUCACGCUCCGCUGCACCCUGCCCAUCGCCGCCAUGGACGAGGACAACAGGGAGGUGUACUCGCUGUGCGAGUGGUCGCUGCGCGGCAUGAAGGACACGUACCUCGGCGUCGACCCCAGCGCGAUUGACGGGGAGCGCCUGCGGGGCGCGACGGGCGUCGUCGCCAUGCGGCUUGACAGCGCAGGGCGGAUCACCUCGCUCCGCGAGUACCGCAGCAUGCACGUCCCCGAACGCCUCGCGCUCCUCGCCGACCAGCAGCGCGGCCGCAACACCUACGGACUCCAGUGGCCCCUCGAGGUGCUUCCCGCGGAGCUGCCCCCGGACAUGAUUGUGGACAACGCGAUGGCACUGGAGUCCUUCGCGGUGGAGAUGAACUUCCCCGGCACGCCCGCCGAGGGCCUGCUGUCGACGUGGGUGACCGACGACGUGACGUUCGUGACCGUGGGGAGCCUCCCGGGCCUCCCGGAGAAGACCUCGGGCGUCGAGGAGUUGACGCAGGUGCUGGCGGACUGGAAGCAGGCGACCGACUUCACGAUCCGCAUCCUCUCCACGGCGCCCUGCGAGGACCGCGACGUCGGGUUCCUGCGCCUCGAGAUCCUCUUCCAGCACGGCGACGACGCGCGGUUCCAGGAGGCGGUGACUGCCGUGAUGGUGUGCACGCUGCGCGACGGCCGCGUGGCGCGCGCGCUGCUGUUCCGCGAGCCCUCCAGGCAGGAGAUGCAGGAGCUGCGGGGCGGGGCGACGGAGGGGGCCGCCAGAGGGGGGGACUCCGUGUCAGCGUCCCUGGACAUGGACGGCCUAGGUGCCGCAGCCGGCGUCGGCAGCCUCGACAACGGCUUGCAGGACUACUGA